ACUCCAUUCUUUACGCACGGGGCGCUGUGGAAGCAGAGGGCGGCGCGUCAGCUCGGCCCGGAACCGUCGCUCGGCGGAACCAUUGUGCUGCGGCUCCGGGCGGCCCCGGGGAGGGACCAGGGAGCGAUGGCGGCGGAGGAGCCGCGCGGGGAGCGUGGUUCGGGGCUGCUGGAGCUGCCCAGCGCGCCGCGCUUGGUAUCUACGCGGACCCCGGCAAAAGGUUGGAGCUGUAUUUCCGCCCCAAGGACCCCUACUGCCAUCCCGUGUGUGCCAACCGCUUCCCCGCCUCGGCCAUGCUGCUCAAGGUGAAGAGGAGGAGCAGGAAGAAGCGGUUGGGCGCAGAGGAGCAGGAAGUCCAGUUUGAAAUGGAAAUUAUUGGGAUCGUCACAACGGUUUACAAAUUUCAAGGAAUGUCAGAUUUCCAGUACCUAGCGAUGCACUCUGGUCCUGACGGCAAACAAACCUCCAUGUAUGAUAAAGUCCUCAUGCGUAAACCAGAGAAGGAAGAAUUUUUCAACAGGGAAUUACCUCUGUACAUCCCUCCACCAAUUUUCUCACGUCUGGACACUCCUGUUGACUAUUAUUAUCGGCCAGAUGUCCAACACCGGGAUGGCUACAACAAUCCCCAGGUGUCAGCUGAGAACCUCAUUGGCCUCAGCAGGGCCCGGCGCCCCAACAACGCCAUCUUUGUGAACUUUGAUGAUGAAGAAGUCCCAACCAAACCACUGGAUGCUGCUGCACAGGCCUGGAAGAAAGUGUGCACCAAUCCUGUGGAUAGGAAAGUGGAGGAAGAGCUGAGAAAACUCUUUGAAGUUCGUCCAGUCUGGUCUCGGAAUGCAGUUAAAGCAAAUAUCAGUGUCCAUCCAGACAAGCUGAAACUUCUGUUGCCGUGUUUGGCCUACUACAUGAUAACAGGUCCUUGGAGGAGCUUAUGGGUUAAGUUUGGGUAUGACCCUAGAAAACACCCUGAAGCAAAGAUUUAUCAAGUACUGGAUUUCCGAAUUCGCUGUGGAAUGAAAUACGGUUACACCCCUAAUGAUAUGCCAGUGAAAGCAAAACGCAGCACGUAUAACUACAGUCUGCCCAUCACUGUCAAAAAGCCAGUAAGUCAUACAGUCAGUGUACACGAUUUGAAGCAGGGACUUGGUACUUCUGGUGCAUCUGGUGCAAAAAAGCCUGCCUCCAGCAGGUAUAAACUGAAGGAAUCCAUCUACAUUUUCCGAGAAGGAGCCUUACCCCCGUAUCGGCAGAUGUUCUAUCAACUCUGUGACUUGAAUGUGGAAAGCCUACAAAAAAUCAUCCAUCGGAAUGAUGGUUCAGAGUCAGAAUGCACGGAGCGGGAUGGAUGGUGCCUUCCAAAGACUAGUGAUGAUCUGAGAGAUACCAUGUCCCUGAUGAUAAAGCAGAUAAUCAGAUCCACAAGACCUGCUCUUUUCUCAAGUACAACAAGCAGUGAAGAUGGCAAAGAACAGCUGGCAUAUGAAUCUGGAGAGGAUGAGGAUGAUGAAGAGGAGGAAGAAGAAGACUUCAAGCCUUCUGAUGGGAGUGAAAACGAAAUGGAAACAGAAAUUCUAGACUAUGUGUGAACUCAGUGAGGAGUCUCACUGCUGUUGGACAGAAUCUUCUUGGCUCUUGUUCCUUCAAUGCUGAUGGUUCAGCAACCAUACACAGGGUGUGUGAGAGCAGAACUUGCACUAAGGUGCCAGCUACCUGUCUGCACUGACUGUGGUGCCUGCUGAUGGCUGUCAUUUUUGAUGUUCAGAUGCCAUUGCCCACAUUUUUAUAACUGUGGGAUAAUAAGCCUUCAGAACAUUGCCACCAUGGAGAUAACAGGUUUCUUGCCAGGCUCCAGCUGGUGUUUACUGCAGCAGCUCAACAGGCUCCAAGAAAAGAGAAUCAAAACCAGCUGGCAAUACACCUUAAAACAGGAGAAACUGUGUUCCCAAAUCUCUCUGUAAGAAAUAUAGCAUGUCUGGGGUGACGGUCAUGUGGAAAAUAAAAAAAUGGCCUGAAGAGGUUACCAUUCAGUUAUAGAAAUUAAAGAACUGCUGGCACGUUCUAA